AUGGGUGCUUAUGUCCACCUACUGGAAUAUGACAACAUGAACGCCAUGAUCCUCAUAUCUGAGGUGACAAGGAAGAGGAUUCGGUCCUUGCAGAAGCUUCUUAGAGUUGGCAGUACCGAAUGUGCAGUUGUGAUACGCGUCGACGUCGAGAAACAGUAUGUGGAUUUGUCCAAAUGCAGAGUGACAGAAGAAGAUGCCAGUUUAUGUCUUAAAAGGUAUGCCAAAGCUAAAGCAAUUUAUAGCAUUCUGCAUAAUGUUGCGCAAAGACUAGGAUUUACUUCGUCCGAGCAACUGGAAGAACUUUUUGAAAAUACAACCUGGUGCUUGGAAAGGAAAUUAAAACGAAAAGCUGUUGCUUAUGAUGUUUUCAAGAAAGCAGUCGAGAAUACAGCCUUGCUUGAUGAUUUGAACUUAGACAACACCACGAGACGUAUUUUACAUUCUGUCAUCACCAAUAAGUUAUCUUCUGGCAGUAUUCACAUCAGGACGGACAUUGACGUAACAUGCUUUGAAAAGGCUGGCAUCGAUGGUAUUAAGAGUGCCCUGAAAGCCGGACUUCAAAUGAAAACCGAAAAUGUACUUUUAAAGAUUCAGCUGAUUGCAACUCCUACGUACAUGCUCUUAGCAACAGCACAAAGUAAAGAUCAAGGAGAAGAUGUUGUUUACAAGGCUCUUAAGGCUAUUGAAGCUGAAAUAAAGUCAUAUGGAGGAAAUUUUAAAAUGGUUUUUGGCCCGAAAAUAGUAACGGAAUGCGAAACAGAUAUUCAAGAUCCCGAUAAAUUUUCAGCAGGUGAUGAAGAUAUAUCAGAUGAAUAA